GUGAUGGAAGAGGCGUACCUGAGGCAGUUCGUGAGACUGACGGAGUCGUGGAACGAUGUGGUUCUUGGUGACUACGCUUGGCGGGCAGCGUUGCCUCAUUUUGCUCAGUCGUGGCUCCGAAACUUCAUCACCGCCACCCUCUUGCUCCUCAUUCCUAGCACCAUCUGGUGCUUCUAUAUCUACCACCUAAAGCCACAUGUCUACUUCCCUAAUGGUGGGAUGCCAACAAAAAGGGUCAUGUUUAAGCAAGUAUGGGUGAGCAUGAAGGCUCUGCCUCUCUUCACUCUGUUGCCAGCAGUUGGAGAGUACGUGAUCGAGACGGGAUGGACAAAGACCUUCGUGAGAAUAGAAGAAGUUGGUUGGCCCAUGCACAUCCUCUACACGACUCUUUAUCUGCUCAUCGCCGAGUUUGGACUUUACUGGACACAUAGAAUAAUGCAUGACAUACGGCCACUCUACAAGUCCUUUCAUGCAACCCAUCACGAAUUUAACAAGGGCGAUACAAUUUCCCCCUUCGCAGGGUAUGCAUUCGAUCCCAUAGACGGGAUAGUGCAGGCAUCACCACAAGCCCUGGCUCUCUUCGUGGUUCCGAUGCAUUUCCUUACGCACGAGUUGCUCUUCGUUUGCAAAGGUGUUCUAGCCGCCAACGCCCAUGACUGCAUCCAUGGGAAGGUCUGGCCCGUCAUGGGUGGCGGAUACCACAAGAUUCAUCACACCAAGAGCCGCUACAACUAUGGCGGCUACACCAUCCUCAUGGACUGGCUCUUUGGCACCCUAUACGAACCCGAACAGGAAGAGGAGAAGGUCAUCUGAGACCAUAUCAUCGUCACCAAUACGUAUAUAUAUCUAUA